AUGGCACCUGCAAAACGGGCCGCAAAAGCCAAGCCUUCCAAGUCAAGCGGUGCAAACGGAUUGCCGCCGGCCCCCUUUAAACAACCUCCCGACGUUCUCAACCCGUUUAUCCAGGGCCUCUCUGAGAAGCAUGUAUACAUUACGCACAUCGACUCGAAGCCCGCUGCUUUCAAGCGCAAAAUAUUCCUGGUUCCCGUUGCCAUGAACAUUGCUGUGUCGUUGCUCUUCGUUUGGCGCAUGUACGCCAUCUUGCCUUGGUACUGGAAGAUUGUGCAGUCUGGCUUUGGCUGGCCCAACGAGACCACGUUUCCCAUUGCAGGGUCCUCGUGGCAAGAUUUUGCCUGGGAGGUGGUGAAGCGCGGUGUCACCAUGUUUAUCGAUUUCGUCCUGUUUGUAUUUGUCUGGCCUUGGCCGGUGGAAUUCGCCGCUGGUCAGGCUCACGGCAACCCCAUGCUCUGGAGGCGCAAGGUCGGGUUUCAGGACAAGGAGAUUUACGUCCGGCGCAGUCGCGACUGGGAUCGGGUUCUGGGAGAUAUUUUCAAGGACGACGACUCCAAGAGGAUUUUGCUGGCCUACGUUAAUGCGGCCACAUCGCCAAUCUUGCAGGAACAAAAGACGGGCUACCUGCUGAUGAAUGGCCAGUGGGAUCUUGAUUGGGCUUCCAUGGUCCACGCCCACGCCUUGGUCGACCACAAGAUUGCGGCCAUGGAGGCAUUCAGGACAGUUGUGCUGCUACAUCACAAGGACUUUGGCUGGCUCUGCUAUGACAUGAAGGCUGACAUCGCUGCGGAUGGAGACGACAAACGCAGACAAGUUUUUGCCUUUCGAAACGCGCUCACCUCCAUGGGCCAGGAAGACUUGUUUUAUCGGUGGGUGGAGAUGGUUCAGUUUGAUGCCACCCAGCCCGGCGGCUUUGGCCCCGAGCAACAGGAGGCGACGGCCAAGAGGAUACGUGAAAUGUUUGAGGCUGCCGGCGUCAACUUUGAUCAACUGUGGAAGGACGCCGUAGGGGAGGCGAGGAUAUAG